AUGGAUAAUUCACAUUUAAGCAGAAACAGUUAUCAAAAAAUAGAUAACAUAGACACUAAAGAAACAUCAACUGUCGAUAGAAAAUGGGUUGCUCUUACAGCUUAUCAACCCGUUGAUGUUGUUACAAAGACUGUUGAAGUUCCAGUUAUUAAGACUGUCGAAAAAUUUGUUCCAAAAACUAUUAUUCAAGAAAAAAUUAUCCAUGUCCCAAAAAAUGUUACACAUAUAGUUGAAAAAAUUGUAGAAGUCCCAGAAGUUAAAUAUAUUGAAAAAAUCGUUGAAGUUCCUCAUAUUCAUUAUAAAAACAAAUAUGUUCCAAAAAUCGAAGUUGUAGAAAAAAUUGUUGAACGCCAAAAAAUUAUUGAAAAAUGGCAUGAUAAAAUUGUUGAAGUUCCUCAAAUCAAAGAAGUUGUUAGAUAUAAAGAAAUUGAAGAUACUGAAGAAGUAAUCAAAUAUGUUCCAAAAGACUCCAAAAACAUCAAUUGGGAAGAAGAGUACAGAAAAUAUACAGAAGGAAAAGCAGGAAGAUUUAGUUUAAAUAAUACAUGCCAACAAAAAAUGAAUUCAUAUAACCAAAUAAAUGAAAAUGCAUAUGCUAGAAAUUCAUAUAGUAGAAGUCUUAAUAUUAUGAACAGCAAAAGUGCAAACGAUCAAACUAAUAUGAGAAGUGAAGAUUUUUCUCAAGUAAAUUUCUUUAAUCAAUAUAAUGGAGAAAGCAUGGAUCAACACAUUAUGAUGCCAUCAUCAAGCUUUAACAUGAAUGGAAGCUUCCAAUUUAAAAGAUUACCAUCUGAAGAAGCUAAACCUGUUGGAUGUUGUACUAGUGCAUGCAGAUAA